AUGAGCGUGCAAGGGAACCCCAAGGACUCGAUGAAGUCGACGUGGCGCCGCCAGGACCGCGGCGAGUGGACCAUCUUCCACUGGUUCUACGAGCUGCUGGCCAUCCAUCCAGUCUCGUUGGAUAAAGAGGUCCCCGUCCACAGCAAAGACGAGAAGGUGCCCUACACCCCGGAGUGGCAGCUGCACCGCUGGGUUAUCGUCCAUUCCGUUGUCCCCCUGAUCCUCCACCACUUCUACACUGUCUACACCGGCCACAAUCUGAGCCCGUUCGCCGCCUUCGUGUUCUACUCGGUGGCCUUCAAGCUCAUCGCCAUCCACGAGCUACAUGUCCUGCGCCGUAUCGGCCAUAAGCUCGGGUUCCUUGACGGCGAUCUCCACGAGCGGGACGGCGUGCCCGACGUGGGCGUCGCCAAGGUCGUGCACUCACUCGUCUCCACCUCCUCUAUCCGGCCCAUCUUCACUGUCCUCCUCAGCUACCGCUCCAGCCAUGCCCCCGCCGACAUGGCCUGGGGCUGGCUGCCUCUCGAGGCCGGCCUUUACGGCAUUAUCCUUGACUUCUGGUUCUACUGGUAUCACCGCAUGAUGCACGAAGUCGACGCCCUGUGGAAGUACCACCGCACCCACCACCUCACCAAGCACCCCAACCCGCUCCUGACUCUCUACGCCGACUUUGGGCAAGAGUUCUUCGACAUCGCCGGCAUCCCACUCAUGGCCUUCUUCACCAUGAAAGCCAUGGGUAUGCCCAUGGGUUUCUACGAGUGGUGGGUCUCCCACCAGUACGUCGUGUUCGCCGAACUCGCCGGCCAUAGUGGACUGCGCCUGCACGCCGUCCCGCCUAACACCCUCAGCUGGGCCCUGCGCCUGUUCAACGCGGAGCUGAUCAUCGAGGACCACGACCUUCACCACCGCAAGGGCUGGAAGAGCAGCGCCAAUUACGGCAAGCAGACCCGUCUGUGGGAUCGGGUGUUUGGAACCUGUCGGGACCGUGUCGAGUGCACGCCGGAUAAUAUCAACUGGGAUCACAAGGUUGACAUGCCUCUUUUCUGA